AUAGAGAGAGAGAGAGAGGAGAGAGACAGACGGAAAACACCCCGUGAAGGAAAACAUUGCGCUUUUAAAUUUGUUUUACAAAAAAGAAACAUUUUACAAAAAAAAAAAAAAAAAAAAAACACAGUAACAAACAGAAGGGUAUUCGAAGAUUUGGCAUCUGUGCUGCUCGAGAAGAACGUGGUGGACUUUGUAUUUGACAGACUUUUACUUUCGCUCCAAAGGUCUGAAGACAUGUUAAAACUACAUCUUCUGCGCAUCUUGUUUAUCACCUAAAAACAAAACCAAAAAUGAGCGCUAACAGCUCUGCUACCAACGAGUCUGGCAGCCAGUACCCCGAGGUCCGGCUGUGUGCGUCCACGAUAUCCUUCAUACUCCUUGCCUUCUUCAACCUGGUCAUCAACUUCACCAUUGUGAGCGAGGAGCGGCUCCGUACCCAGGCUAGGUUCGUCCUCAUUUUCCACAUGCUUUUUUCCGGCUUGGUCUAUUUCUGCCUGAGCAGCGUCUUCUAUCUGCAGAGCUACAUGCGCUUCGAAAUCUCCAAGGCGUCCUGCCUGACCCUCAUUACCAUCCUCAUGACCAGCGCCUCCAACAUCCUGCUGACUCUCACCGCCAUGGCGCUGGACCGCUACAUCGCGAUCUGCUUCCCUCUCAAGUACAGCGCCCUGUGUGGAAAGCACCGACCUUGGCUACUGGGAGCGGCUACCUGGCUCCUGGCGCUGCUUAUCCCGCUAUACCUGGUAACACAGAACACACAACCACACUACCAAGCAAAAUGCACACGAGCCCAAAUGCAAGACGGGCAGCUUUUUAAGAUUUUGUUAAUCUCCUUCUGCACCUGCUUGAUUCUGUACAGCUACGCGAAGAUCCUUAUAGAAGAGAGAAGAAUCGGCGUUCUGAACAAGCGCAACCACGUCGGGAGAAAGACCAUUCUAAUGCACGGUGCGCAACUGGCUGCCUACAUCCUGCCGAACUUCGUGCUUUAUUUUACCUAUCUGUUGGCCCGCGCUGGGUAUUUGGACAAUAAGACCAAAGACUUGUUCGGGGAGGUCAAUUUUGUCUUCUUCAGUCUCGCCCAGUGCAUCAGUCCUGUGAUCUACGGACUGCGCAAGGAAGAUCUGUUGGAACAGCUGUAUCACAAGUUUCCAUGCCUGUCUUGUAACCUCAAAGGGUUUUUGGAGAGGAUGGGACGCGCCGCUAGUUUUGGACUCUGUUUUCAUAUCAGGUAAAGACCUUUCUUUUGACCAGGACUGCCGGCCCGGGACGGAUAUAUUGAAUAUUCAAACUGCUCAAAACAGAUCAACUAAGGUAAUCCGAAAAUAGUGGCUUCUCCAAAUGCUAUCAAAAUAUAUAUCCAGCUUCAAAAAUAUGGAAUUAUUUGAAUAGAAAAAAAAACAUAUUUCAUAUUAAAAAUGGAUUUUAAUUUUUUUUUUUAUGGGCUUGAAAAACCUGGAUAUAAACAAACUGGAGUGCCAACAAGUCUUGCUUUACACGCGAGGGUAUGCUAUAGAAAAUAAACAAUAAGCGAGGGGUCUCGUUUUCUAUAUACUCGAACGCGAGGGAGAGCGAAGUUUUCAGCGGCAUCGCAUCACAAAUAACUUCGAAACGUUUUGCUGACAUUGAGAAUAAAUCUUGGAUUCUGUGACUUGCUUUCUACAGUUCUUACGGUUUGAAUAAUAAGAAUGAUGACCUGGAAUUGCAGAUUUGGCAGAAUUUAUUUCAAAUUAUUUCCAGUGUUUAUCUCAGGUCUAUCUUUUUUAUGCAUAAUAUAACAUUAGUGCAGCUUUAUUCAGAAUUAUGAAACACUAAUUUAGAAACUUAGUUAAACGUUGUGUC